UACGCGCAAUCCUCAACAAGGCUGAGACCCCACUGAAUCUCGCGCGGACGCGAAGGGCCCAAACAGCCGCGUUCUAUACGGACCACAGUAAUAGUUAAUCGCGAGGUUUAACGUCCUUUUGUUAAUCUCACAAAAAGUGUCGACAUAGCACAUUCCGCUUCUGAAAUAUAUAGUAUCUCACAGAGACCGCCUUGACGCUUCCAAUUAUGCCGACGCUGUGAAGGCUAUUUAAUAUCUUCAAAAAUGGCGUCCCCUACGAAAGAGAGCUUUUCUUCUCUUGCGCCCACAAGCAUUCCGUCAAUCCAAGCUCCUCCGUCUCCCAGAACCCACCGAACGCUUCGGAGACUGAACUCAGCCCACACGUUGGGCUCAAACAAACCCUCCUUGAUUUCACAGCAACGCCUACAGCAAACGUCGCAGAACCAAACUCCAAGGCCUAAAGACCAGCCACCUUUGCCAACAACUCAUGUCCACCAACGCACAAGGUCCAACAGUGACGUUACCACCGUGAGCACCCAAGCCACGGGACUAGCUUGUAGAAAGCAAACCAGUGCGAAGAAGCCAGCAGCGGCGGAAACCCUCUCACUCGACCGGCUCAUUCGAGAAGGCCCAGACCGCGACCUGAGGGGUGCGUUAGAUUCCACGAGAUUGAAGAUCCUGGACCAAGGAAUCAAGAGCGAUAGCGAUGGAAUGUCCUCUCUUCGAAUCUAUGCGUGGCUGAUUCUCUUGAAUGCGCCCCUACUGGAGACUGAUGCAUACCUCGUACUGGUUCACCGUGGAGCUUCACCAGCCUACUCCAAGAUCCGCAACGACACAUUUCGAACCCUCGCGACGGACCCUCUUUUCCGACGCCGCGUCAGUGAAGCAAGCUUGAUCCGACUAUUAAAUGCAGUGGCUUGGAGGCUACAUGAAGCGAAAGAAAGCCGCAUUGAGAGUGCAAGUAGCACCAGUAACAACAGCAAGGUUACACAUACUGCCACGGCGGAUGGCAGCCCAGAAUUACAUUCUGCAGCGCCGGUGAUCAAGAAUAGAGCCCGAGCCUUGACCUUGACCACGGAAGGGUCGGACGCUGGAACGUCUGAGCCUGGGACGUACGUCCAGGGAAUGAAUGUGCUCGCUGCCCCUUUCCUGUACACCGCUCGGAGUGAAUCAGAAGCUUUUGUUGCAUUUUAUAGGUUUAUCACUCACGAGGUCCCUGGGUAUGUACGUGGCGCCAUGAGCGGUGUCCACAAAGGACUGGCACUGGUUGACAAAGUGUUGUCAAUCGUUGACCCGAAGCUGAGCCUCUAUCUCAUGGGAAAGGGCAUGCAUGCAGAGCUAUAUGCAUUCCCCUCCGUCCUUACCUUAUGCGCUUGUACACCACCUCUACCAGAAGUCCUGCGCCUCUGGGACUUCCUUUUUGCAUAUGGUGCACAUUUGAACAUCCUUUGCAUCGUGGCACAGCUUGUUAUGCUGAGAAACUCCAUCUUAAGCUCACCAAGUCCAACGAAAAUACUUCGGUCAUUUCCACCUCUACAGGCCGAGACCAUAAAGGAACUUACGUUGACAUUGAUCAAGAAGAUACCAGACGAUGUAUACGCAGAGAUAGUAGCUCAUGCGCAAUAGUACUUGGGAUAUGGAGCAUUGCUGAACUAUGUUAGGAGAUAAUUCGGCCAGGAGUUAGGCGUUUAGUUUAGGGUUAUGUAAGGUUUCGGGGGGACAAAGAUUAAGAGAUAUAUGCAUCGCAAAGUCCGAUGCCAAAUCCCAUAAUGAAUACACACGAAGUCAAGUUUCAGCAUAUCAUAGUUUUGUUUGAAGAAGUUCACUGUGGCUCUUCCUAUCACACCAAAUAUCUGCUAAAAAUGCCGCCUAAAAGAAAUAUGUAGUUCGUUACCUCGCUCUGAGAAGCAGAGAAGUGUUGAUAAAAGUUUUCAUCGAUAAACUAUUACAUGAUUAGCUAUGUUUCCAAAUGUAAUCCUGAAAGAAUUAAGGCAAUUGAGCUUUCGCAUGCACUGCAUGUUUGAGAUAUGGAUCAGAUAGUCCGUUAAGAUCAUCGGGCCUGUGAGGGCGCCUGACAUAAGAGGUACCAGAAAAUAAGUAAAAAGUGUAUCAUCAUUGUAUCUCGGGAAAGCGCCUGGAUUAGAAGGGAAAUGCCAUAAAACUUACCAAUGUCAUUCAUCACACAUUGAUCCAAAUACAACCAAGACGAGGGUACCUGCCCCAGGGCGAUAUGGUCGUCGUGACCCAUUACUGUUUCCAGCAAUUCUGGGCCACAGGCCGACAAAUCGGGUUGCGAACAACAACU